AUGCCUAUAACUUUAGCUAUUCCGUUCCCAACUAUGAUACAAUACAGGGGAAAAACAUUGUCGUUGAAGUUGAUUACAUACAAUAUUGGACCACACGAGGAGUCAACUUUAUGUUAUUAUAACAUUAAUAGUGGAAAACAGGUUAUUUCCCUAAAACCAUUUAAAAAUUUCAAAAAAAUUACCGAGUUUGAAUGUGCAGAGCAAUUAGAAUUAUUUGAAAUAAAGAAAGUGAUUGAACAUGAAACCAAAAUGAAAUUGUUAAUGCCCGGAGAGAUCAACGAUUUAGAAAGUACUUGCACCGUGGAACCCGAUCAAAUACUGAAGUUGAUUUUCGAGGCCGAAAUAAUAAUCGCUACAGUUGAAAAUGAGGAAAAGGGAAGCCGGUUUGCAGUUAUUUUCCCAGUAAAAGGGUUCAAAUUUUCAUGUUUAGAUGGUAAAAACAUUUGUGAUUUAAACUCUGAACCAUUCAGUACAAGCCUUGGUUAA